CACCUGGACCUGGACCCCUGAGGAGAAGCACACCUGGCGAUUUAGAGCAGAGGAGACAGCAGGUGCAGCUGAAGGACCUGUCAAAGGUCAAAAGAUGAACUACCCACCCACCAAGCGUCUCCGAGGUCUAAACCAUGACGUUGCGGCGAACUUUGACGACCCGUUCGGAGACGAUGAGGACUUCAGUCAGGCCGAACUGGACGAGAUCGACAUUAUCGCUUCGCAGGCCAUCACCUCGGCAACCGCAGGGGGGGCGGGGCAGGGCUCCAGAGCAGGGGGACAGAACAAACCCCCAAGUAGAGCCCCUGCCAAUCAGAGUCGAGGGAACGGGUUCGGGUUCAACAACAAAGGGAAUUCUGGGAUACCAAGCAGAGAGCCUCUGGGUAACAGACAGCAGCAGUUUACUUCAGACAGACAGGACUAUGGUCUGCUGGAGACUCAACACGUCGAACUCAAGAGGAAGCUGAAGGAGGUGGAGGAGGAGAUCUUGUUGAAGAACGGGGAGAUCCGGGUUCUGAGGGACUCUCUGAAAACCGCUCAGCAGGAAAAAGAGGCUCAGAGACAGAACCAGGCCCUGGUGGAGACUCAGAGACUGAGGGAGCAGAGUGAAAAAGAGAAGGAGCUCAGCAGGAAGGUCCAGUCUCUUCAGUCAGAGCUGCAGUUUAAAGAAGCUGAGAUCAACGAGAUGAAGAGCAAACUGCACAGCUCCGACAAAAAGAACUCCUCUCCGCUGGCACGAAACAGUCCUAAAGUGCUGAGCUCUGUCGCCCAGCUGCAUCAUGGGAGCAGCGGCAGCUCCUCGUCUCCAUCAGGAAGCGGUUUCAUCACCAAGGAGACGUUCGGUGCCCAGGUCGUGUCCCGAACGACGCCGGUGAAGACGUCCACCAAGACGAGACGGGACGGCAGCAGUAGGUCAGCUGACAAACAGGAAGUGAGCCGUCCCGACCCCUUCCUUUCCGUCAGACGACCAAACCUGCAGCACAGAGGUGGCGCUCUGCUGGGUCUGUUACUCCAGCAGCCUCUGUUUCCCAGCAGCCUCGGCCUCUCACACCUACUGUCUCUGAGUCUGACAGACGCGCACCGGACAUCCAGGUUGUCAGCUGCCGCCACCAGCAGCGGUCACGUCGUCAUCGGUGGAGGCAGAGCUUCUGGAACGGUGCUGAGUCCAGUCCAGAGUCUGGCUAUGACUGGACUGAACCUGCUGAGUCAGAGCGACAGGAGCAGCAGCUCCUGCAGUUCGUGUCCUGGAUCCGUCCUCCUCCUUCCUCUGCUUCAGCUCCAUCUGUCUCAGCUCUGUCACACCCUGGACUCUCUGCACUCCACCGCUUCAAUCCCAGCAUGCCGCGGUGCCUCACCCGAAGUGGGCGGACUGGAGGACGCCGGUCAGACCGGGUUCAGCGUGGAUGACAGUGGACUGGCCGCUCUGAGGAUCCUGUACCUCCUCCUGACGCACAGCGACGAGGUGGUGCAAGAGGUUCUGACGGAGGGAAGUCAGCGCAGAGCAGCAGACAAAAAGGUUGAAGGCUCCGCUGCAGACGUGGACCCCAAGUCCCAGAGUUCUUUGCUGCAGUGUGUUUUACGGCUGUGUGACGCUGGGGUUUCACUGAAGGAGGAGCUUAUCUGUAACGCCAUGAAGACGCUGAGUGUCCUGAUCGAGAGGACGCCCAAGACGGACGCUGACAAGUUGCAGUGUGUGUUGCAGCAGGUGUGUGUUUGUGUAUCGGCUGACAGCAGCUUAGCCAUCAUCUCACAGUGCGUGUCCGUCCUCUUGUCCAUGUCUGACCAUCAGACACUGACUCAUCAGCUCUGCUCUCAGCACGACCCGUGUGUUUUCCUGAAGUUGUUCCAGUUCAUCAGAUCGAGGCCAGACCAGAAGGCCUGUCACACAGACUGGAUCCUCCUGGACCUGCAGGUCAUCCGUUUACUGAGCAGACUGUGGAGUCACACAGCAGACAGAUGGAGCCAGCAGCGCAGCAGCUGCCACUGUCACACUGAG